AUGGACAUCUUAAUAUUUGCAACAUUGAUUAUUUGUGUCAUUCUGUUAGCAUUAUCAUUCUAUUAUCUUCGAGCGUUAAAGACAUCAAAACGAACAGAAAUAACAGCAAUGGCAGAACAUUGUCGAUUAGGUAGAUUUAUAUUAGAUGAUGAUGAUGAUGAUGAAUUCUAUAUGGAACAACGACCAACAGAUAUUAUCUCCGAAACAUCGACUAUUCAUUUUGCGGGUGCACCUUGCUCAACACCAAAUGGUGGUAUUCUUAAAUUUUCUCGAAAUGAAUAUUCAAGUAUUAAUCUUGAAAUGAAUUCACUAAAGCGACAACAACAAAUAUCAAAAAUCGAAAAUAUUUUUCCAGAACCAUCAACCAUUCAUUUAUCAACAGGUGCAACUUGUUCAUCACUGAAUGGUGAUUUUGAAAUGAAUCAACUAAAACCACAAAGAAAUCCAAAACAUGUUUCUUUUGAACAACGACCAACUGUAAUUUAUGUUGAUAUACAUGAAAAUCCAAGCCCAACAACCGAUAAACAGCGAGCAUCAUUUUUAAAUUCAUUUAUUAAUUGGUCGAAUAAUGAUGAUUUUGAUAAUAAUGACAAUCGUAGUCGAAUAGAAUCUGUAAUAGAUAGAAAUCAAAUUAUCAAUGGAAUUGGAAAUAUUGUUGAAUUUUUAUAUUUCAUCUACUAG